AUGGAAGAAUAUGAAAAAAUAGCAGUUGCAGGUAGAGGUGCUCAUGGAAUUUGUUGGCUAUGCCGUAAAAAAAAAGAUAUAUCUAGGCAAAAAGUGAUUGUUAAAGCUGUCUCAACAUUAGGACUUAAAAAUAGUGAAGAAGCAAGUAUAAUGAGUGAAGUAAAAAUUUUAUCAGAAUUACAUCAUCCUAACAUUAUUGGAUACAUAGAAUAUUUUUCUUCAGAUGGAGCAUUAAGUAUUGUUAUGGAAUAUGCAGAAGGGGGAACAUUAUCAAAAUUUUUACAAGAUCAAAAUGGUGUUCUGUUAAAAGAAGAAGUAGCAUUAAAUUAUUUUACACAAAUAACUAUGGCAGUUGAUUAUUUACACAAUAAAUUUAUUCUUCAUAGAGACCUGAAGACACAAAAUAUAUUAAUGAAUAAAAAAAAAACAAUUGUUAAAUUAAGUGAUUUUGGUAUUUCAAAACAAUUAAACACCAAAAGUGUAGCUUCUACUGUUGUUGGAACACCAAAUUAUUUGUCUCCAGAAAUUUGUGAAGGUAGACAAUAUAAUCAAAAAAGUGAUAUGUGGUCUUUAGGAUGUAUUUUAUAUGAAUUAACUCAUUUAACUCGAGCGUUUGAUGGUGAAUCUUUACCCUCUAUUGUUAUGAAAAUAACUCAGGGUAGACAUAAUGAAUUUGGAAGUCACUUAUCUUCAAGAAUGAAAGAAUUAAUUGGUUUUCUUCUAACAAUUAAUGAGGAUAAACGCCCAGGAACAAAAUUAGUUUUAACUUGUCCAUUAGUUUUACCUGUAUGUAUGAGUGUAAAUUUAGGAAUGGGAAGGAUAACAAAAAUGAAUAUAUAA